AAGGGCAGGGGUCGGUAACUGCGUGUUCCUCCGCACUUGGUCUCCAUUUUUUUGAGUGUUCGUUGUCACAUCAUGCCGAUCUUCGCGCUUAACACCAACGUCAGUCGGGACGCCGUGCCCGAAUCUUUGUUGUCCGACCUGACUCAGCAGCUGGCCAAGGCCACAGGCAAACCGGCUGAGUACAUUGCUGUGCACAUCCAGGCGGACCAGCUUAUGAGUUUUGGUGGCUCUAAAGACCCCUGUGCCCUAUGUAGCCUCCACAGCAUCGGUAAGAUAGGUGGCCCUCAGAACAAGAACUACACUAAGAUUCUGAGCGAGACUUUGACCAAACAACUGCACAUACCCCCUGAAAGGGUUUACAUCAAUUACGUUGACAUGAAUCCUGCUAACGUUGGUUGGAAUGGAUCCACUUUUGCCUGAAGAUGUCUUCCUCUCCUGCUUGGCACAUCCUUCCAUUUCCAGGAUCACCCGCUAAACAUUCCUUACUGAAUAAAUAGGAUACAUCAAAUUACUGUGCUGUGUAUGUUUUAUUCAUCUGGGGAACAAUAGUACAAAUAUUUAACGCAAGCACUUAUUAACUAAUAGGUGGAGUCUGAGUCAAUAAAACAAACCUGUACCUUG